AUGGCGGAGGCCCUGGCCAAGGGGCUCAUCAACAAGGGCGUCGUGACGCCCAACCAGAUCUGCUGCACCGACCCCGUGCCAGCAAGGAAGGAGUUGUUCAAGGGCUUUGGCGCCGCCGCCUACGACACAUCCCUCGAGGUGGUCCACAACGCUGACGUGCUGUUUGUGGCCGUGAAGCCGCAGCAUGUGGUGGUGUCCAUCGCGGCGGGCGUCACCGUUGAGAAGCUGCUUGAAGCUGCCGGCCCCGAGGCCCACGUGGUGCGGGUGAUGCCCAACACGCCCUGCCUGGUCGGGGAGACGGCGGCGGCCAUGUGCGUCGGCGGCAAGGUGCGCGGGCCGCGGGGCGGGGCGCGGGGCGGCGUGGUGCGCGGGCCGCGGGUGGCAAGGGGCUGA